AUGACCACAUUCAAGGAGGCAGUGACCUUCACGGAUGUGGCUGUGACCUUCACGGAGGAGGAGUUGGGGCUGCUGGACUCGGCUCAGAAGAAGCUGUACCAGGAUGUGAUGCUGGAGAACUUCCGGAAUCUGGUCUCAGUGGGGUGUCACCCCUUCAGACAUGAUAUAUUUCACUUAGAAAAGGAAAAAAGGCUUUGGGUGGUGAAGACAGCAACCCAAAGAGAAGGAAAGUCAGAAGAAAAGAUCCAAAGUGAGAUGGAGACUAUUUCAGAAGUAGGACCACAUGAAGAGCUUUCCUGCUGGCAGAUCUGGCAACACAUUGCAAGUGACUUAACCAGGUGGCAAGACUCCAGGAUAAAACAUUCUGAAUUCCACCAACAACGUGACUCACCUAGCCAGAAUGGGGCAGGACUAUCUGUAAUUCACACAGGCCAGACACCUUCUCAGUAUAAUGAAUGUACAAAAUCUUUUGGUGAUCUCUCCAACUUUGAUCUUCAUCAACAAAUUCACUCAGGAGAGAAGUGUCAUACAUGUUGUGAGUGUGGAAAAAGCUUCUGUUACAGCUCAGCACUUCGCAUUCAUCAGAGAGUUCACUCGGGAGAGAAACGCUAUAAGUGUGAUGAGUGUGGCAAGGAAUUCAGCCAGAGUUCACAGCUGCAAAUUCAUCAGAAAGUCCACACUGUAGAGAAGCCAUUCAGAUGUGAGCAGUGUGGGAAAGGCUUCAGUCGUAGAUCAACACUUACUGUUCAUUGUAAAUUACACACGGGAGAGAAACCUUACAAUUGUGACAAAUGUGGAAGGGCUUUCAUUCAUGCUUCACAUCUUCAGGAACAUCAGAGAAUCCACACUGGGGAGAAACCGUUCAAAUGUGAUAUAUGUGGUAAGAACUUCCGCCGCAGAUCAGCACUUAACAGUCAUUGUAUGGUCCACACUGGAGAGAAACCGUACAAAUGUGAGGAGUGUGGGAAGUGUUUCACUUGUAGCUCAAAUCUGCAUAUCCACCAGAGGGUCCACACAGGAGAGAAACCUUAUAAAUGUGAGGAGUGCAGUAAAUGCUUCGUUCAGCCUUCACAAUUUCAGGCCCAUCGAAGAAUUCACACCGGAGAGAAACCAUAUGUAUGUAAAGUGUGUGGUAAGGGCUUCAUUUACAGUUCAAGUUUUCAAGCCCAUCAGGGAGUCCACACAGGAGAGAAACCAUACACAUGCAAUGAGUGUGGGAAGAACUUCAGGAUGAAAAUCCAUUAUCAAGUUCAUCUGGUUGUCCACACAGGAGAGAAACCCUAUAAAUGUGAGGUAUGUGGGAAAGGCUUUCGUCAGAGUUCGUAUCUUAAAAUCCAUCAGAAGGCCCACAGCAUAGAGAAGCCCUACAAGUGCGAGGAGUGCGGGCAGGGCUUCAAUCAGAGUUCACGACUUCAGAUCCACCAGCUGAUCCAUACUGGUGAGAAACCAUACAAAUGCGAAGAGUGUGGGAAGGGAUUCAGUCGUAGAGCAGAUCUUAAAAUUCACUGCAGAAUCCACACUGGAGAGAAACCGUAUAAUUGUGAGGAGUGUGGAAAAGUCUUUAGUCAGGCCUCUCAUCUUCUGACCCAUCAGAGAGUCCACAGUGGAGAAAAGCCAUUCAAAUGUGAAAAGUGUGGCAAGAGCUUCAGUCGGAGUUCACACCUUCAAGCCCACCAAAAAGUCCACACUGGAGAGAAGCCAUACAAAUGUGAGGAGUGUGGGAAGGGCUUCAAGUGGAGCCUGAACCUCGACAUGCAUCAGAGGGUCCACACAGGAGAGAAACCAUAUAAGUGUGGGGAGUGUGGGAAGUACUUCAGUCAGGCCUCAAGUCUUCAGCUUCAUCAGAGUGUCCACACUGGAGAGAAGCCCUACAGAUGUGACGUGUGUGGUAAAGUCUUCAGUCGGUCUUCACAGCUUCAGUAUCACAGGCGAGUCCACACAGGGGAGAAACCUUACAAGUGUGAGAUGUGUGGUAAGAGCUUCAGUUGGCGCUCCAAUCUUGUAAGUCAUCACAAAAUUCAUACUGGAGGUACCUGA